AUCAAUUCCAUGUUUUGAGCAGUCACUCCAGGACCACGGACAGGAGGCAAGUUUCUUCAACGCCCAUCUUCCACCAUGGCCUCCAAGCUUGUGCCUCAGUUGAUGCGCACAGCGACACGCGCUGCGUCCAAGACCCCCAGAAGCCGCCCAUCUUUCCAUCCUCGACAAUUCUCUUCAACACCCACAACCUACAGCGAAACCCUCUCGGUGCAUCGCAACACUCCCAACAACAAUCCCAGUAUCCCUUUCAAAUUCAAUGAAACGAACCUCCGCAUCAUCGAUGAAAUCCUCAAACGAUACCCACCACAAUAUAAGAAAGCCGCAGUGAUGCCACUACUGGACCUCGGCCAACGUCAACAUGGCUUUACCUCUAUUAGUGUCAUGAACGAAGUUGCACGCAUGCUCGAGAUGCCACCCAUGCGAGUGUACGAAGUGGCCACCUUCUAUACCAUGUACAAUCGAACACCUGUGGGCAAGUACUUUGUGCAGGUCUGCACCACGACCCCGUGCAUGCUGGGUGGGUGUGGAAGCGACAAGAUCAUCAAGGCGUGCGAGGAUUUCCUCGGCAUCCACUCUGGCCAUACCACCGAGGAUAAUCUAUUUUCCCUACUCGAGGUUGAAUGUCUCGGUGCAUGCGUCAAUGCACCUAUGGUGCAAAUCAAUGAUGAUUAUUAUGAGGACUUGACUCCUGAGACCACAGUCAAGUUGCUGCAGGCUCUCAAAGACAGCGCCACCGUUGCCGGUUAUGACGUGAGCAAGGUUCCCCGGGCCGGACCACAAACAUAUGAAGGCCAUCAGAGGGCGACGUGUGAGCCUAGGACUGGACUUACCAGCCUUGUGGGUGAACCCUACCAUAUCAAAGAUGUUUUCAGGGCGGAUGGAGAAUUGUGAACCCGCAGCGCUGGACCAGAAACGGGGAAAUGGAGUUGCAUCGGGAGCGAAACUGUAUAUAUUAUUACACAGGCCGAGCGAGCGGCCCAACCAUGGAUUGGCGCUCUCACGAUGAAAGACAAAGAGAUCAAGUUUGAAUCAAGACUUGUUAUGGGAUAAUGCCUAGAUUGGAAUUGUCUCAUAGCCCGUAUACACUAGCCGCAGCCCAUGCGAAGAGUUUUGCCGGUUGCCCUUGUUGUCCAUGAUUUGCAUUUUCCAUGCCUCCUCCACGGAGAGACGUUUUCCAUACUUU